AUGCCUGAGUUAAAAACAACCAGACUUCUCGUCCCUCCCGAGGCAUCUUCUCAACAACAAAAUCUGCAAGCUCAGAUACAACAGAUUGUUUCUCAAAAGGGCCACUUUCGAUAUGUGACAGAGCAGUCUCUUCGUGCUGAAAAGCAAGGCCAAAAGGCGGUAAAUGACCCAUUGACCACAGAUGACCCGGCUCCCGAGGAAGAUGUCGAUGAAGAUGAAACCCCACAGAAACGCCAGGAGCGCCUCUGGAAGCGUCGAGAAGAGAUGCUUGAGAGACUCAGCUACACUCAGAAUGAAAUUCUCUGUGCACUCGAUUUUGUCUCAUUACUCAUAUCCAAGCAGUCUAUUCCAGCGCAGAGCUCAAUGUCUCCAGCCUUGAAGGAGGCUGUGCCAAUAGGAUCCCUCACAACUCAUGUUUUGCAGCACAAACUUCCACCUCCUGCUCAGCGAAAACAAUUGAAUCUGGCCUCUCAGGGCUGGAGAGCAAAUAGCUUCAAAGCAGCAUCUGAAAAAAUUCAGGUUGCUUCCACCAAACUGCAAGCCGAAGCCGAAAAGGAGUCCACUUAUUGGGCACAGAUAGCAGACCUGACCGCUCGUGGUUGGCCGGUGAGCAGAUUACCACGUGAUUCCAAAGCUAUCGGCGUCCAUUUUGGCUUCCCGGAAGCCGCACCGCAGUUCAGGGACCGAGGCUUUGCUUUACUGCGCCAAUCAGAAGAUGGGACAGUGAUUCUGGAUCAUCCACGGAGACGGAGACGUCUAGGAGUGUCAAUCAGCCGUAACAAUAAGACGACAGGAUUGUUCCACUUUCGCACGACCCGAAAAGAUGAAACUCAGACGAUUGACGAACAAAUCAUUGAGGCCCGAGAUUCCUUAUUCGAAGAAGAAUUGUUCUACGAGAUCAGCAGAGAAGCACGAUUGAUAGCGAACCAAGGAAUCAUAACUCGAGGUCAGCACAUCGAAAUCAACCUUGAUAAGCACUCCAAGCUUUCUCUACUCUUUGGCGAUGAAAGUCUGGACGAGAGUUCCUUGACCCCAGAAGACAACGAAACGACAGAAUUCGUCGGGACCGCUCUACACCUACUGCUCAGUGCAAUGCAUGAACAAGGUCUUGCCAGAAGAUCACAGCGGCCACCAGCCAUGACACUCAAGCCUCGACCGAUCCCUGAAUAUGCUCUCAUCCGCCCACUUUUGGCACAACUUCGCCAUCAAACGCAAUUGACGGCCCUGAGAGCUUACUGUAAUGCUCUGGUCCAGCCCUUCACAAAAGCCGGUUUACCAGUCUCCAUGAAAACUCUGCCAUCUACCUCCGAAACAUUCAAAUCCCUGAAAAUGGAGGCCUCCAACACCCCUUUCGCCGAGCUGAUGCUCCCAGCCAAGACAGCACUCGAGGUAAGUCUGACGAGCGAGCGACGCCUCCAAAUCGGCAUUGCCACCUAUCUCGGCCCUCCCCUGUACGGCACGCGCUUCGAAACCUCAAAGCUCGAUUUCGAGUUCGCUUCGGUGCCCUUCUUCCAGCACGAGACAUUCGAGGCCGUUUCAUAUUUCCUCCGCCACAUCCUUCUACUCGAUCUCGUGUCCCAUAUCGCGUCCCUAGCUGCUAAAGUCUCGGGCGCAUCUGAAUCAGAUACCGGGCACCGCAACGACUCCAAGCAGCAGUGGAAGAUCUCGAGCCCGUACAGCGGCGAACUGACGCUUUGGAGCUCCGGCGAAGCAGUGAAGAAACUCCAAGUCGCCGUGCAUGCUCAAUCAGUAAGUGUCAAACUCGCCACCAUACCGAAUUCGACCCAGGAGACGGGCUCGGCAAAGCAUGUUGUGUGGUCGUGGACAGCGCGGGGCUCGUCCAAAGCCGACAGUACGGGAAUAUCGGGUGAUGCAGAGAGGAAUUUUGACGCUGUGGUCGGCGAGGUCUUGGGGCCUUCGUGA